CCCGCUCACCUCUCCUGCGCCCCCAAACCCCGUCAUGGCGGUGUCUAAACGACUGCUGCUCCUGGCUUCGGCGGCAUUCACCUUCUUCAGCUCGCGGUAUGCGCCCGGCGUCACGCCCUUCUCUGCCAAGAGUCCCGUCAAGAACACGGCGUCUGUGUUUGCCAUUCUGUAUUUCGCGCAGCUGGCCUGGGACGUCUUUGUGUAUCCUAUAUUUUUGACCCCGCUGAGGAAGCUUCCGUCUCCUCCGGACUCGCACUUUUUACUUGGCCACUUCCGUAGGAUCUACAAGGAGCCUACAGGGGAGCCGCAGAGAGACUGGAUCGACAGUUUGCCGAAUGAUGGCGUCUUGUAUUACCGAUGGCUGUUCAAUGAGCCUCGGGUGCUCGUGACGAAUCCAAAGGCCCUCGCCGAGGUCCUUGUGCACAGGAGCUACGACUUUAUCAAGCCGGCGAGGUUAAGGGUCGGCUUGGGAAGAGUACUUGGGGUUGGUGUUUUGCUUGCUGAAGGCGAUGAGCACAAGCGCCAGAGGAAACACCUCAUGCCUGCUUUCAACUUCCGCCAUGUCAAGGACCUGUACCCGAUCUUCUGGGGCAAAUCCCAAGAAAUGACCAACAAGAUUUCCGAGACGAUCAACAGCAGUCCCGAUACAUCAUCCGUUAUUGAAAUAGGAUCCUGGGCCUCCCGCGCCACGCUCGACAUUAUUGGCGUGGCUGGCAUGGGCAAGGACUUUGAUUCCAUCACGCAUCCUAACAAUGAACUCUACGAGACAUACCGUAAAAUCUUCAGCAACACCCGUGGUGCACAGCUCGUUCAGGUUAUCCUUGGACUGCUCCCGCACUGGCUCGCUACCAACCUACCUCUAAAGCGGAACGACGAGAUUGGAAGUGCAAUUCGUACCAUCAAAAGUGUAGCCGCAGACCUGAUUCGUUCGAAGCGCGCAAAGAUGGAAAGCGGAGAGGCCAAGGGGCUGGAUAUUCUGAGUGUAGCCAUGGAGUCUGGUGGCUUCAGUGACGAGGAUCUGGUCAACCAGCUCAUGACUUUCCUUGCUGCAGGCCACGAAACCACUGCCUCGGCCAUGUCCUGGGCCGUCUAUCUCCUAUGCCGACACCCAGACGUCCAGGCACGCCUCCGACAGGAAAUCCGCGCAGAGCUGUCCUCAGCACUCGAAAACGGUGGCCAAGUUUCCUCGACGGAAAUCGAUCGUCUGCCCUAUCUCAAUGCCGUCCUCCAAGAAACCAUGCGCGUCUUCCCUCCUGUACCACUCACAUUGCGCGAAGCAGCUCACGACACGACAAUCAAUUCGCAUUUCAUUCCCGCAGGCACCACCCUCGUCAUCUGUCCCUGGGCCGUCAACACCUCGACACAUCUCUGGGGCCCCGACGCCCGCGAAUUCAACCCAGAACGCUGGAUGCAGCCUGGCACCGCCAACACGGGCGGCGCCGAGAGCAACUACGCCACUACGACUUUCCUACACGGCCCGAGGAGCUGCAUCGGCAAGGACUUUGCAAAGGCCGAAUUCGCAUGCUUGGUCGCUGCCUUUGUGGGGAAAUUUGAAUUCGAAUUUGAGAACCCCGCGUAUGAGGUUGAGAUCCAGGGUGGGAUUACGGCUAGGCCUAAGGGCGGAUUGCAUAUUAAGCUGAAGGAGGUUAAGGCGUAAUUGGUGAUGAUCGAAACGAAGAACAAGAAGAAGAAGUAUAUUAUUUCGACGCGGUUCGCUUGGAAUGGUAGUUCCUAAAUGGAUGGAUAUCGGAAAUCCGUGUCGCUGGGCAAAACCGGGAGGAUUGGUUAAUAUGUUGAGAAGACUGACGGCAGGAUAUUACAUAUACAGUACUGUUACAUAGUUUCACAAUUGCAUACACUCCCG